GUAUUAAUUACAUAUGACAAAUUCAUUUUGCAAAUUAUCGUUCCAAAACAAUCUUGUAAACUCUUGAGUUGUCUUCAGAUUAUAGAUGGUACAUUGUCAGGCAAAUCUUGCCACCUGUUCGACGAUUAUUACUUCCUAUCAAUAAAAUUUCACUUAACGAAUUACUGAAAUGGCUCGAUAUCGAUCUCGAUAAUUUACUAACCGACGAAGUAGAAGAAAGCGUAGUAUCCGAGAAAGAACAAGACAAAGAGGAAACAGUGUAUGAGUUGUAAAAAGUGCGAGGCGAAGCUUGAUACAAAUGAAAUUGAGGCAAAAGUAAUAACCUUGAUUCAUGAAAGUAUAAGAAGGUAUUAUAGAAGCCCAUUGAAAUGCAAUCAUAUAAUGUGUGGGAGUGAGACAAACAGCAAGAUCUAUCACGAAGGCGAUCGUUGCUUUCAACCACUAUGCUCGGGAAGGCUGAAUUAUGUCUAUUCAGCAGGAACAUUGUAUGAACAAUUGAGUCAUCUUCUUAAAUUAUUUAAAGUAGAUACUGAUAGAACACAGUAUACUGAUACUGAACAAAAUUGUGUGCAUCGAAUACAGACAUUCAUAAAAAAACUGAAAGAGUUAUCCCAGUUCACAUAUGCAGCUUAUGCAAAUUCAUAAACACUUGUCGGGCAUUUUACUAAUAAAGGAAAUUCCUCUGGACCGCAUAUGUAC